AAAACCUCUCAGACUCAAAUCAAUCCUUCCAUUUUUCAAAUUUCUCAAACAACCGAAACCAAAUAUAACUCUCUCUUUCUCUCUCACUCCUCUUUUACUAAGCUCGAAAAUGGCUCGCCUUCUCUUCCGUCUUCUCGGAGAAUCCAACUCUCCGUUGCCGGCGACUGAUACCUCCACCGCCGCUUUGAAUUCCGAUCUCGUUGUCAUCCUCGCUGCUCUCCUCUGCGCCUUGAUUUGCGUUCUCGGCCUUAUCGCGGUCUCUCGAUGCGUCUGGCUCCGUCGUCUCGCAGCCGGAAACAGAACUGCUCCGAGCUCUCAAGGCGUUUCCGGUCAAUCUCCUCCACCGACGGUCGCAGCGGCGAACAAAGGGCUGAAGAAGAAAGUACUCCAGUCUCUCCCGAAGCUGACUUUCUCGCCGGAAUCACCGUCUUCGGAGAAAUUCUCCGAGUGCGCGAUCUGUCUGACGGAAUUCUCCGCCGGCGAUGAGCUUCGGGUUUUACCGCAGUGUGGUCACGGGUUCCACGUGUCUUGCAUUGACACGUGGCUCGGGUCUCACUCGUCUUGCCCUUCUUGCCGUCAGAUCUUGGUGGUUGCCAGAUGUCACAAGUGUGGCGGUUUGCCCGGUAGCUCUAGCUCCGGACCUGAAUCCGAACCUGAAAUCGAGAUCCGAAUCAAGCAAGGCGAAGAUGAUCCCAAUUCCUUCUUGCCCUGAUUUCUUUUCUUUUUUUUCUUCCUCAAUUUACUUUCCCAUUAUUAUUUGUUUCCUUCGCCUUUUAGAUAUCUCUAUGUUUUAAUGCAGAUCAUUUUUAGUGGAUAAUGUUUAUCCUUCUUAAUGUACAUAUUUAUUGUAAUUUGUAAAUGUUGUAUGAAAUGGAAAUUUAACGAUUUGCAUUGAACCCUUA